GAUGAAGGUGAAGAAGUGGAAGAAAAUGCCAUUGCAUCUAACCCUAAUGGACGCUUUUUAAAAUUCAAUAUUGAAAUUGGUCGUGGCUCUUUCAAGACAGUGUAUAAAGGUUUAGAUACAGAAACGGGUGUUGCGGUUGCUUGGUGUGAAUUGCAGGAUCGAAAAUAUACCAAAUUAGAGCGUACACGUUUCAAGGAAGAGGUGGAUAUACUCAAACAACUACAGCACCCCAACAUUGUUAAAUUUCAUGACUCUUGGGAAGCCGAGAAUGAUUUACGCAAUGGUAAAAUGAAGAAAACCUUGAUAUUGGUUACCGAAUUGAUGACUUCAGGGACAUUAAAAACAUAUUUGAAGAGAUUUAAAGGGACGAAAAUUAAUUUGAAAAUAUUACGUGGGUGGUCUCGUCAAAUUCUGAAAGGAUUACAGUUUUUACAUACGAGAACACCACCUAUAAUCCAUCGUGAUUUAAAGUGCGACAACAUUUUCGUCAAUGGCACUAAUGGUAACGUAAAAAUUGGUGAUUUAGGCCUGGCUACACUACGCCGUCAAUCGUACGCCAAAAGUGUGAUCGGUACACCGGAAUUUAUGGCGCCUGAAAUGUAUGAAGAACACUACGAUGAAUCUGUUGACGUGUACGCUUUUGGCAUGUGCCUCCUAGAAAUGACUACGAAUGAAUAUCCUUACAUGGAAUGUCAAAAUGCAGCCCAAAUAUAUCGUCUUGUUACAAGUGGAGUUAAACCGCAAUCUUUCGAUAAAGUAGAAUCACCAUUAGUGAAAGACAUAAUUGAAGGUUGCACGCGACGCCAAGGAGACGCUAGAUUUACGAUAAAAGCUCUGCUGAAUCAUCAGUUCUUUCAAGAAGAU